CCACAGUGAAGAAGGUACGAAGGGAAGACAGAACCGGGAGAACACGAGCGUCUCUGAUUUUUCACUUGUUCAGGGAACUAGUCCAACGACCGUUGCCUUCACAAAUGAUCAUGCUAGCGCAACCGAUAAUUCGCUGCUGGCCGCGUCGGAAUUCAAUUUCUACAAAACGAACCACCUGCGCCCCUUUAUCGUCGACGCGCUGCCGUUCCAUUCCGAUGCGGUCGUGGCAGCCGUGUUUGGGUUUUUGCAG